AAAAAAGGGAGAAAAAAUAAUUCCUUCCCUGCAACCUUCUUCCUUUCAUCGUAUUCUUCGAUUACAUCGACCUCCUCCGUCAGGGUAAACUGCCGUUGAUCAUUGUCAUCCUCCUCCACCGCCACCGGAGGGUCUUCUCAAUUCGUUCCUGUUCCCCCCUUCGGCGGAAUCAGAGAAAGCUCUCAAACAGGGCUAGCUCAUCUGAAGUGCCUUCGCUUCUCUUCUGCAGAUGUUGUUUUCUCAAUCGUUAUCAGCAAAAUGGCAGACCUUUUCACUCAGACCGCGAGCACGCAGCUGUAUCGGAUGUUUCUGGCCGUUCUCUUCUUCCACACAUCAGAAUUCAUUCUAGCAGUUUCCAUACAUGGGAGAUCAAAGGUUUCGCUGAGCUCACUUCUCAUCAGCAGAGGCUAUCUAGUCGCCAUGGCUUUCUCAGUAUUGGAGUACGCAUUUGAAAUAUGGAUGUUUCCCGACCUGAAAGAACAUUGGGGGAUCAGCAAUUUAGGCCUUGUCAUGGUUCUGAUUGGGGAGAUAAUAAGGAAGCUCGCCAUUAUAACCGCUGGACAAGCGUUUACUCAUCUCAUCAGGACCCGUCAUGAGGAGCAGCACGAGCUGGUUACUCAUGGAGUGUACGGCCUUGUUCGUCACCCUAGUUAUUCAGCUUUCUUGAUCUGGGCAGUGGGUACUCAGGUCAUGCUGUGCAAUCCUGUCUCGACAGUUGGAUUUGCUGCUGUUGUGUGGCGUUUCUUCUCGAAGAGGAUACCAUAUGAGGAGUACUACUUGAGGCGGUUUUUCGGGUCGAAUUAUCUUGAUUACGCUAAACGGACACCUUCUGGGGUUCCGUUUGUGAAGUGA